UUAAUGAUACAAAAUGGAAGAUGACUUAUUGUAGUAGCUAAUGAGUUAAUUUUAGAUUAGCAAUUAAAUAUAAUUUUCAAUUUCUUCCUGCCCAAUCGGCACAGAUAAUGUAUUUUAAAUGUUUUUCUUUUUAAUAUUUAUUCUUCAUUAUACACGCUUUUUGAAAUAUUUGAAAAAAUAGUUACAAAAAUAUGUCUGCCGAUUGGGAAGUAGAAUAGUUUUCCAGGGAAGAAAAAAAGAUUUUAGUUCAGAUUUUUUUUACAGCAGCUAGAUAUUUCAAUACUUUGAAUGUGCAAUACCGAUGGGUAUAUGAACGUAUAAGUUUAAGCUUCCCAUGGAGUUUCAUAUGUUUGACGCGCACAGCGUACGUGCUUUUGUAAAAAUUGCGCGUUGCACUCCUACUUUAGAUUCGUUGUCAAUAUUGUCGAUAUUUCAGACUUAUGAGAUAUUUCAUUCUUGUGUCUUAAAAAUUUCUCGUUACAUCUCCGUUAUGUCAUCCGUACGUAAUGCCGAAAGGAAAAUAUUGGAAAAAACAUUCAUUUUUUUGUUUGGCGUGCGCAAGCGUUCGCGCGUGUCGCAUACAGAGUCACGUUUUUGUAUUAGAAACGUUGGUUCUAUUGGUUCGAUUAGAUUUUGAUAAUACGCAACGUAACAGAUGCGGCUUAUCAGAGCUGAUACGUUCGACCUCGAGGGGAUACAUGACGAACGGACACAGAUACUUAAAGUAAGGGUAGUUCAAUCAAUUUGCCGGAUAAAACUAACGGCAAUUAACUCUAUGCACACAUCAUCUGCUUCACGUAAUCGCGUUUAAUGCGAGUUGAUUUGAUGGCUGCUUUUGUGCUGCGUAUGUUGGCUUGCUUUUUUCAUUAUCGCGUCUACGUUUUCCCUUUUAAAUGAAUUAGUUCGCGUUCAAUCGCGCUCCAAGCGAGGUAUAAUAUUAUUCCGUAUUUUGAGGUUUGCGAUGUUUUAAUCGCUUUUAAAAAUACGGAGUAAAUUUCGUUACACUCAGAAAUAGCUCUCAAUGGGGGAAAAAAGUCUCUGAUAUUUUCAUUGCUCGCGGCCGUACCGAUUGUCGAGUAUAUUUUGCCUGAAAUCUUAUUUGGAUGAUACAUACUUCUCUCUCUCUCUGAAUACUAUAUUACAUUGUGAUUUUAUUGGCCGGCGCUACGGGCGGGAUCAAUAGUAAAUCUGACGCAUAGUCGCGACGUAGUCCCCUCUGAAUGGCGGACUCAUUAAAUUUCCAACUAGGAGAGGGUUAAAUAGUCGCAUUGAAAUAAUUCUAUAGCAGCAAGCGUACUGUGCCGUGCGGAAAACGUAUGACGACGCUGCGUUAUGCAGCGUUUUGAAUGCCGUCGGCAAUACGCCUCGAGAUAUCUCCCAUAAUCUUACGGGAGAGACGCGGCGGUAUGAUGGGGGAGAGCCGGUAGGUGAAAACGCGAGAUCGGGAUCCCGUCGGAUCCACUUCAUCUCGCCGGAUCCUUCGUCUCUGUUUCGUUGCCAUUGUGGCCCAUUAUGGCCUUUGUGCGCGGCCGCUUUAGCUAAGACAGCUUUUUGCUGCCUAAUCUGCAGAGCUCGCUCGCUUCUCGUUACUGCGCGACCCCGGAAAGCUUUCGCUAAUAUCCGUCGCUAAAAGCGUUCGCGUGCUCGCAAAGUAAAAAUUUUCGAAAUUCGCGCGCCUCGUUUCUAGAUGAAUGAUAAUCCUGUUCGCCGGAUAACGAAUCGUUUAUAUAAAUGUGAGAACGGCGAACCUUUCACGGCGUGCGCCGCGAUGAAAACGGUAACGUGCGACUCGCGUAUCUUUAUAAUUGUUCGUAAGACAAGCAUAAUGAUUUUGAAGCGUGCAUAAUGAACGGUUGCGCGUAUGAAGAUGUUGCGAGUACGGCAAUCAGUACCGUCUCCGAAUAAUUUUUAUAAGCGUUUGCGGAAAAUUGACAUUGCUUAGCGAAAAGGAAUUUACUUAUUAAAAGGCUAUUAAUUAAUGAGGUUUUUUUUCAACCAGAAAUGAAUAUUGGCUUGUAUAACGAAAUAAUUGGACGCGAAACACUGACUUUAAAAUAACUUUCUGCAAGUAUUUCUCUACAGCAACGGAUUGAUAGUCGCUAUAUAUUUUUAUUUUAAUAUGUGAAAUUUUGUAGAUAUUUUAAUCGCUGCGAAAGAUACACUCAUGAAAUCUGGCAUACGUAUAAAGAAAUAUUUUUAAACGUCAGCAGAGUUGCGUGGCAUAUGGUGGAACAUGCUUUCCUCGAUGAACUCCAUUACCGCAAUUAUUGCGCUCUAUAAAUUUUCAUUAGUGUGACGCGAUAUCAAAAGGGUACACGGAACGCUUGAAGAUCAACGGAAAUAUCCAUUCGAUCUUCCGCUUCCUAGCAAUCGUCGGUAGAUUGCGCUUUAAAAAUGAUCACUAAUCCGCAUGCAAAAUACGAGGUUUGCUGUUACGAUAUAUUUUAUGACUCUUUAUAAAAUAUCUUCGAUCUACUUCGAAAACGAAAUUUCUUUUAGCGCUCGAGUUUCACAACAAGGAUAUUAUAUAAAUCCCGUUAAGAUCUCUAGUUUGCAGGAAGCAAUUUAAUAAGUACGACGGACAAGUGUUCAUGAAACCGUGAUUUCCAUAAGAUAGAUGUUAAUUGAAUAAUAUGCAUGUUAAUUGCUUCUCGGUCUAUAAAAAACUAUGCUAGCCUUGCACUUUCUUUUUUUUUCCUUAGUUCAGCCUUUCUCUGGAAGACCCAAAGAGAUUAUUUUAAAUGCGAUUACUCGCAAUUCAAUAUUGCGAAAAACAUCGCUAAUAAGCUCAAGCUGUAGAAUAAGUAUUGAGAAAAAUGAUUUUGUUACAUCAACAAGACAUGUAUGGUUUUUAUGCGUUUUGGUGAAACCAAGAAUUUCUAGUCAUUAUAAAAUUAGAGAUUUUAUAAUCAGAAUGUUUGACAGACUUUACUGUAAUCUGGUAAUUCCUAUAAGAUAUUUCUGAUUCGUCCAUUUUUGCACAGACCUACUGAUGACUUUUAAAUAAUGCAACCAAGACUCUUUUAUCAGCGUGUUGUAAAACGGAAAGGAGAUAUUUUUUGUUGAAGUAUACGAUGCAAGUUUCUUUUAUUUAUUUUUUUCUAUUUUCAACAAUACAACGCUGAACUCUUCGCGCCGUCUAUGAAAUUUAUCAAAGUCCAUGCAAGGUAUCAGGAUCGCAAGAAUAGUCCCUUGAAAAGAUUGUUAUUACGCUCAUUCUGGCAAGGCGACCGCAAUAUUUCGACUUCAUUCUGCGAACGACUAUGCCUCGCCAUUUCUGCGGCGCACACGCGAUUUAGCGCCUUUAUUGGAUUCGAUCUGUCCGCGCGAUCCGUUUAGGAACCGCAAUCAUGCGCAGCCAGCCUUCCGUUCCUCCGGCAGUCCGAUCUGCCAAUAUCUAUGCAAAUCCGCGGCGAGUGUUACAAGGCUCGUGUCAACCAGCCCGAUGAUGCAGGGCCCGUGCCAGAAACACGCAUUUGCAACGCCAGCGCCAACGGUGCACAUCGCGGUGACGUUAACUCAACGAUUCAUUAAUAUGCAACCGUUUUCGCGUUACGCCGCGGCCGUGUAAAACAAAAAAGAAGAAAAGAAAAAAAAAUGUACAUACUGUUAAAACUGGUACACGCACGCGUGUUACCAUUCUUUCUGCUUGUAGGAGCCUGCUGUAUAAGCGCCUCGAUUUUUCGUCUCUUUGUUUUACGUACCUCGCUAUACGCAAUUUUGAAAUGAUUACGUAGAGAGGAAUGUAGAAACUUGAAUUGCUUCUCGCUGAUCAGUAAAAGUGUACGUAUAUGUAGAUCAUACGUCCUGUUUUAUUUAUAUUUUAUUCAUGCUUUACAUUUGAGAUGAAUUCUAUGGGGGAAAAAAAAUGACAAGUACAGAUAAGUUACUCGAUACGGACGUUCAACAUGGAUAUUUAUUUAUUUAGCUUACAAUAAAAUCGGAAUACGUCGCAUCUCGAUAUGUCAAAGUUUUGCGUUUUGUGUUUUACGCAUUUCGAUCGACCAAUUCUCCCUGGCGCUUGUUUUAUUGCCAAUGCUAUAUUACUUAAAUAGAGAAAGAAAAUUAAUUAAUUAAGAAUAAUAUUGUAAUGAACGUUGAAAGUGCAUGUAUAUUCUAGGCUUUCGUACACGCGCACUUGAAUAUCUCGAGAUCCAUCGAGGAGGCGACGAGACGCGAGCUAUUCACUGUCGUUUUCCUAUGCGAGCCAAUUCAACGUGCAAUGGUGAUGACAAUGCCAGUCUUAACGUCAGCAUGAGCGAUACUUCUUCUCACAUACUAAUACAAUGCAAAUAGCGACGGCAGUAACAGUGUCGCGAGAUCAUUGCAAAGAUUAUGCAAUAAACACACUAUCAAGCCUUUGUCUCUAAAGGAAAAUGUGAUACAGGGAUCUCUCGGACAAGUAUUUCGUUAAAAAUUGUUAAGUAUGAUACUAACCAUUUUUAUUUUGAUACAUUUGUUUGAAUCGCAAUUUUCGAAAAUAAAGAAUCAAUGUUUUAUAUCUGAAGAAGCAUAUGGAAUGGUCUCAUUAGAACAUCGUCGUUCUUCAAGGAUUUUGGUCCACCUAGUUUUCCGUUGAGCAUUCAUGGAUUAAUUCCCGAUAAUGAAAAGUAUCAAAUUAAUAUUAAAUACAAUGACACUAUUUGCUAUUUAUGUGUACAUUUAAAUCACAAUUUUCAGAAGAAAAGAAAUGAUUUAUGUUUAAAGAAUCGAGUAGAAUGGUCUGAAUAGAACGUCCUCGUUCUUCAAGGAUUUGAGCGUUCACGGAUUAAAUUUCUAUUAUAGUGAAAAACAUCAGUUUGAUUUAAAGUAUGAUAACAAUUAUUCUUACAAUUAAAUCACAAUUUUCAAAAAAAAGAGAAAAACGAUUUUUGUUCGAAAAAUCGAGAUGAAAAGAUCCUAGUUUGUUGAAGGAUUUGAACAUUUACGGAUUAAUUCUUGAUAAUGAAAUGCAUCUCGAUCUCAAGUACGAUGACAAUUACUAUUCUGUUAUGUACAUUCAAAUUACAAUAUAAAAUAAAAGAGGAAAACGAUUUGUAUUUGAAGAACCGAGUAAAAUAAUCCGUGUAAAAUGUCCUCAUUCUUCAAGGAUUUAAGCAUUCACGGAUUAAUUCUCGAUAAUGGAAAGUACCAAGUCAAACUAGGCUUGAUGAAAAUUAUUAUUUCAAUGUAUAUGUACAUUCAAAUCGUAAUUUAAAAAAAGGGAAAAACGAUUUAUGUUCGAAGAAUCGAUGUCCUCGUUCUUCAAGAAUUCGAUCGUUCGCAAAUUAAUUCCCGAUAAUGGAAGGUAUUAAAUCGAUCUUAAGUACGAUGACAAUUAUCAUUUUGAUAUCCAUAUUCAAAUCACAAAAAAAAAAAAAGAUUUGUGCUCGAAGAAUCGAGAUGGAACGGUUCAAACAGAACGUCCUUGGCCUUCAAGAACUUUUGUCAAUUUUUCUUUGAGCGUUCACGUUCAAAUUAAUUUCCGAUAGUGAGGAGCAUCGGUUCGUGAGAUGUCACUAGUUUGGAAAGGUCCGCAAAUAAAUUGCGUCUUCGGUAUCCCGCUCGUCGGCUCAGUCUCGUAUCUCGAAAUAAAGAGCGGAGUGUAAGAGCCGGCCUCUCUGUGCGAGGUCUUUUGUCCCUCUCCUCCGUUAACCCUCUCACCAUCGUCACUCCCUCCCUCAUACGUCUUUUACUCGUCGGUUCCUCUCUCUCCCUCUCUUUCCCUCUCUCUGGCCCGUUAAAAUAGACAAGGCUUCUUUCCCGGCCAAAGUCGCAAGAUAUUACCGGCCAAUCUUGCGCCGACGGUCUGUCCGCGAGAACGACAGUUUACCUCGGAUCCGCGACGAAGUUGGUUCUAACCCGUGGUUCAACAACGUGGACUUGCACGCAACUGGAUCCGUCUGGUCCAGAUUUGCUCUUUCGCAUACGUAAACGGGCAUUUCGAAUUCCGCUGAGAAGGACGUUUUAAUUAUCUAUGGCUAUGUCGUGAGUAGUGAAAGUGAGAUUGAACAGUUAAAGUGCACUGUGACAGAACAAACGUAUUUAGAAAUGCAAUUUGCCGUCGCGCGAGUCGUUCACGCCAUAGACAGUUACGCGAAGUCCAGUUUGAAAGAGACUCAAUUGCAGAUCUUCGCGUCAUAAAAUGCCGCAGUACGACGACAGUUUCCUCGAUUCGCCGCGAUUUCGGCGGCGAACUCACAGUUAUACGGUGCAAAAACAUUUUUUGCCCAAAUCGAAGUCUUUUCACAUCACGACCACACCUUUGCUGUUGGCCGUAACCAAUCACGCCAGGACUCUUUCCGGUUCCCUAUCGACCUGCAACUUGAAAGAAGUCGAGGAGCGCUUCAGCGGGAAGGCGCGCGGUGGUAAACUAGCGCGUCGUGCGCGCUCCUUCAAGGAGGACUUUCUGGAAAAGCUCUCCCAUAUGCGUUCUCCCGGUAGCGGCAGCGGCGGCGGUGGCGGCGGAGGCAGCGGAGCGGCCACGAGGGCCGCCUCGCCCUCGUCACCGCGUACGCCGCGGGACAAGAACGCUUCGGGCACCAACGACGCCGGCACCGCUUUGGAUAAGAAUCCCCUGCGCGAUCUGCACAUCCACGUACGGCAGGUGCAGCUAGCACUGCUCCACUUCCGGGAUGUCGUAUCCAAAAAGAAGCUCGAGAUGCUGCCCGGGAACGGCACGAUCGUCCUUGAUACCGUUACCACGAUACACAACGCAUUAAAAUCCUAUCUGCUCUACGAAAACAGCUCCACGUUGGGAUCUGCCACGAAUCAAGUGUACCAAGCGUUAGCGCAAUUGCUGAAACUCUGCGACGAUGUAUUGCUGCAUGGUGAUCAAUCUUCUGCCUUGGACACCGAAAACGUGACGCACGUUAUUGGACUGGUCGAGGAAGCGGUGAAAAAUCUAGUAGCUCUGGCGCAUGAGAAAAUCGCUAACAAACAGAAACCUCCAUCUGCUACAAAUAAUAACAGAACUUCUGGGUAUGGAUCGGAACUAACGCAAAGAAAUUCUCUACCGGAUAUACCACUGACACCAAGAGAACGGCAGAUCUUGGAGCAAACGGCAGCGAGUAGUAGUUUAGUUCGCAGCUCGCAUAGCUCCGAGUCGAUUUUACGGGAUUCUAGUCCACCCCCGAAACCACCGCUGCCUGACAGAACAAAUGUAUGUUUGUCGGAGGAAAAUAGCUCUUCUGGCACACCUCCUCCGUUACCGCCGAAGAGAAGAACGAGGACCCAACAACUUCUCGACGAAUCGGAGGGGCUUCUGACAUCUAGUCUUGAUAGGGUAUCCCUCCGAAGUCGAUCUCCAGAGGAUUCGUCAUCUCUUCUGAGUGCAUCGGCUGGUAGUUUGGAUUCAGCUUUGAAUCAUUCUCGAGACGAGGACGAGAUUCGAGCUAUAAUGGGACCAAAUGACGAAUCUCUGAAUGACAGUAUGGACCUAAGUCUCAUGGCUACUAUCCAAGGCAUGCAAGUUAAUGGUACUUCAAACUGUAAUUGCUGGGAUGGUUCUGAAACUAAUAUACCAAGUACUAUGUUGCUAGGCCAACAAACACCUCAAGAAAUGCUUAAUCCAUUCACUGGUUUAGAAGGAAAGAUGGAACGAUUGUCUACUCAAACGCAAGAAUCAGGUUUUGUUUCUAUGCAUUCUCAACGGAGCUCAUCCCAAAGUUAUACUACCGCGUCCAGCAUGACAUCCAAGAGAUCGUCGCAGCAGAGCAGCAUUAGUUAUAAUUCGCAAUCAUUUAGUGCACAACAACAGUCGUUUUCCCAGACCAAAUUAUCCUCGGACAGUAACGGCUCUAUUUUUACACAGAAGACGAUGAGUAGUUCCAAAAGUACUAUUAGCUCGUCUAACGCGUCUGGAAAUGGAGAUCCAGCUUUAUUGGAGAAAGUGGUAAAUGAAAUGGAAUCGGUGGUUACAUCCGAUUCUAACGGAGCGCCUCCAGCAUUGCCAGAGAAGCGAUCCAAGCGAAGAAAAGAACGACAACCAUCACAGUAUGACAAUGUACCAGAAAAUGAGCAUUUAUCCACAUGCACUUUGCACACUAGUAACGGAGACACUCCGGAUAUCAACAAACCACCUCCUCUACCUCUAAAGAAGCGGCACAUGUUCCAAUCAGUGGCAUAUUCUGUUAUGGCGUACAUGGAGAUGUUUGGUAACUGCUCCCACAGUAAUAAUGAUUUCAUCUCUGGUCUUGGUACCCGUCAUUCUAUGGCAGCCUACAAUUCGAUGCAAGCGGAAUGGCAACAGCACGAGAUGUCUCUUACCACAACCCAAUCGUGUUCCUUUAUGGCCCAUACUGUGACUGCUCUACACGACAGUUCAAGCCUUUCUGUGACUACAACACCGAGCUUAGUAGAGACAACAAAUAAUUCUAGUCUGCCCCCGGCAUUACCACCAAAGAGAUCUCGUUCCAUUAAAUCAAACAUUACACCUCCGCCAAUAUCACCAAAACCCACCAUUAGCAUGCAGAGUAUUCAUAAUUCGGAUCCUCUCGUGACAUCGACGCCUCUAAAAUCAGAGGAACCACCGUACGCACACGAAAAGAAAGAUGUUACACCUUCUACUCCAGUAAAAUUGGUAAACAUUAAUAAUAAUGUCAUUAUAGACACAGUAUUACCAUCGUCUAGACCUGCUAGUAAUGCACUAUCUUCCAUAUCAGUUGAUGAAAAUACUCUUGAACUAAGGGAUAUCGAUCAAGAUGAUAGCAUUUUAGAUGAAUUAGAUAUUAGCAAAUACUUAGUAUUUAAAAAACCAGAUGAGGAAGGUCCGGAUAUACGUGGUGGACAUCCAGAUGCAUUAUUAAUCCAUGCGACAAAAGCAAAUAAACAUGAUGAAAAAGAAUCAGAUUUCCUGUACCAAGAAGCGUUUUUAACGACGUACAGAACCUUCAUACAACCAUUAGAAUUAAUUCGUAAGCUACACAGACGUCAUCAACGUUUUUCAUGUUCUCCAGAUGUUAUUAAACAAAGAGCCGCGCGUGAAGCAUUUUCUUUACUUGUUAGAGUCGUUAGUGAUUUAACAAUAUCUGAUCUUGAUGAUAUUCUUCUGCAAACUUUAAUGGAAUUUGUACAGCAAUUAGUGUGCAGUGGAGAUCUUACUAUGGCCAAAGCGUUGCGAGUUAAAAUUUUAGAAAAGCACACUAUGAAGCAAUUACAAGCAGCACAACCAAUUCUCUCAUCUCUAAGUGUGACAACGAAACAAGCUUCCCUAUUAGAUUUUAAGAGUGAACAAAUUGCGGAACAAAUGACGCUCCUUGACGCUGAUUUAUUUAUGAAAAUAGAAAUUCCGGAAGUGCUAAUUUGGGCGCAGGAACAGAACGAAGAGAGAAGUCCGAAUCUCACAAGAUUUACUGAACAUUUUAAUAAAAUGUCAUACUGGGCGCGAUCUAGGAUAUUAGAGCAUCGAUUGGAAAAUGAAGCGAAAGAUAGGGAGAAAUAUGUUGUAAAAUUCAUCAAAAUAAUGAAACAUCUUAGGAAAAUUAAUAAUUUUAACAGCUAUCUCGCAUUAUUAUCUGCAUUGGAUAGUGCACCCAUUAGGAGAUUAGAAUGGCAAAAGCACAUUACGGAAGGUCUCAAGGAAUAUUGUGCUCUCAUUGAUAGCUCUAGCAGCUUCCGAGCUUAUAGGCAAGCUUUAGCAGAAACACAACCGCCAUGUAUUCCUUACAUCGGACUUGUUUUGCAAGAUCUUACGUUUGUGCAUAUUGGAAAUAGCGAUUUAUUACCAGAUGGCACUAUAAAUUUCUCCAAGAGAUGGCAACAAUUUAAUAUUGUUGAAAAUAUGAAAAGAUUUAAGAAAGGCACGUACUCUUUCAAGAAACACGAACGUAUUAUGACGUUUUUCAACAACUUCAGUGAUUUCCUCUGUGAGGAGGCAAUGUGGCAGAUUUCCGAAAGCAUUAAGCCACGUGGUGGCAAGAAAGCACAACCGCAAAACUAGAAUAUACCUAACCCUUUCACUGCCUGCGUCUCGAAAGGCUGAAACAGUGAAUUAGGAAGUUUAUAUUUAUGUAGGUAUAUACUUUUUUGCGGAAAAAAAAGAAAUUCUUCUACAACGCUCUAAGAGCGGUGAAAGGGUUAGCGAGUCUAUCCCGAUUCGACAGCCUCUGUGAGGUUGUGUCUUAUAUUAUUAAGCCUUGUGAAAAUUUUAGUAUGCAAAAUUGUGAACUCCGUAUGAAACACAUGUAAUAUAACAUAACGCGUUAUUUAAUUUAAACUAAUUACGUUUGCGAGCAUCAAUCAGAGAUUAAAAAUGCCAAAACUUAAAUUCACUAGAGAAAAUUUCGAUACUAUUCGUUAGAUAAACUCAGUAUCUAUCCCAGUGCAUUUUAAAGAGUCUUUCCGUUUGCUACAAGCCAGUAUAACGUAUUUGCUAUGAGGAUAUGCAAUCUAUACUUAAACUGUAAUAACGUUUAUCAUAAUAUUAAUGAAAGAAACCCCGAUCUUCAACUGUUCUAGAUACACUUAAGAACAAUUUUUAUUUAUUUGCUUUUGCUAGCGAAUUGUAUAAAGUAGCACGUGUUCUUUUUUCCUUUUUAAUUUAUUUAGAUGUAUGUGAACGUCCAUUUCUAGCUUUAUGUAGGUAAGCGAAUUUUCAAGCGUCAACAGAACACUGUUGAUUACACAAGGAUGAACACCAAUUACGUUGAUUAAUGUAGGGCCAUUGUAGUCUCGUGUUAGCGCUUUGGUACGCGCGUAUCGGGACACAUGGUACGACUGAGCGCAACUGUUACAUAUACUAUUGUAUAUGAUGAUAGAGAAAACUUUUUCGUUGGCAACUUGUUAAUAGGUCUCCGAGCUUUCAGCUUUAAAUUACAUGACUACCUAACAAUUAGAUCAAUUAAAUAUGAAAUAUAUAAUAAAACCAAAAUUUAAUUCAAGUUUGAUUUAACUCGAUUACUUCGCAGUUAUAUAGGUGGUUUUUUUUAAAAACCUAAAACUAAAAUCUCAAUUUGACCUUUUCAAAAUUAAAUGCUAUUACACGAUACAUUCCGUAGAUAAAAAAAAAUCGGAUUAAUUUUAUCACUGUUACAAGUAUUCUCUUAUGUAUUUCUUUCUAACUUUUAACAUGUAUCAAUACAGCUUUUACUCUUAGAUAUAACAGUAUGAGAGAGGUUGCCAUAUAUAAUAAUAAUAAUCUAGCAGUUUGCAUGCCUCUGUCUUAAUGAAUGAAUCAAGUGAAUGAAUACGCUUCUUUAUCUUCUUUCAAUUUAUUAUUUGACAAACUCACGAGUGUUUUACUAUUAUUUUGUAAUAAUAAACAGCAAACGCGUAAACCAGUUAUAAUUUACUAAUUUUCGAACUUCAUCUUUGAUGUGCAUACGCAUAUAUGUGUAUAAUAUCAAGAUUUGUAAUACAUAGUGAUACCUACAGCAACAAAAAGGGCCUAAGCAUUUAGUUAACAAUUGAUGUCUUUCUAGUACAAAACAUGGGGGUAAUAACCAGACAAAUUAAUUGCCAGGAUAAAUACGCGAAAUUUUAAACAAGUAGUUGCAAAGCUGCCAUAUACAUAUUAAAGCUAGUGUGUCAAUAGGUUGAAUUCUACAAAGUAAACUUUUAUCCACAGACUUAGAUAGAAAGGUCUCUUCAUCCUUGAAAAUUAAUUACACAUUAAUGUUUGAUAUUGAUGGCAAUUGCGUAUAGAGACAGGAAAUUUUUCUUGAUUAAAAACUAAUGUGAUAAAAUUGGCUAAUAUACAGUGUAAACGAAAUUGUAUAUAAUAUAAUGUUUUGUUUAUUUAUGUAAAUGUCACUUAUUGGCGUUAUAAAAUCGUUUGUAGAAUUUUUCGGAGAAACAAACACUCAUAAUAUAUAGCAGCGAUAUAUUAGUGUUAUUUCCAUAUGGUAAAUGUUUUUGGUUCACACACUGUGUGUGAAUGAAUGCGAGUGUGCGUCUUAUUUGUUUUAUCCACAAUAACUAAUGUCAAAUGAUUUACUUGACGUAGGAAGAGUAAGCAGAGAUCUAUUAACGCUGUAAAUAAUUUAAUUGUACAACAUAAUUAACGCGCGUGUAAUCUAUCCAUUAUAUCAAUAAUUAUAAAUGUACAGUGCAUUAUAUUGAGUUAGUAAUUAAGUUGAUCGAAAAUCAUUGUGAUGUCACGUUAGGUUAGAUUCGCACGUAGCGCAUGAUUUUUUUUUUGUAUAUUCUCAUUCAAUUGUAAGUUAAGCGAUGAACGAUCACACAGUCGAUUUAUAUUUUAUCUACUUUCUUUUUAUCUCUGUCAGAUUAUUUUUCUUUGAGGCAGCUAUAUUUUUACAUUAAGCUUUUAAUGACAUUUUUACCUUCCGAUGUUAAUAUAAUUGAUGUUUAUAUUUUGUAUGAUAUUUUUGAAAAUUCUGACGAUAGUCGAAAGGCCUUUCCAAGACCAUUGUAUGUACCGGGACUGUAUCAUAAUUUCUAUAAUCGCGCGAAGAUUUUUGUUAGACUAUUGGCAGAAUUUUCCCUUUGCAUAUUACAUACGAAUAUAUAAGUAUAUGCAUAUAAUUUUAAGUAUUGUAUUACCAAAUUACGAGUGAGAUGAUCCACUGAAUGUGCAACGAAGAAAUUAGACUCGAUUUACCGUUUUAGAUAGGCAAUUAAGCUGCUUUGCGAGUAGGAAAAUUGAGUUGCUGAGAAGAUGGAGAAACAAUUGCUGCAAUUGCUUUCUUCUUACGCUCGAUACACGACUAUAAAAACUAGGGUAGGCGGUAACAUAACUGUUAUCUUCUUUUUCUAUCAUUUACUGAAUGUCUUUUAGCUUCGAAGGAACAGUCUGUAACGGCAAUGGACUCUAAAGAGCAAUCACUGUUAACUUUAAAAUUACAAUCAAAUACGUGUAAUUUAUUGCAUAUACUCGGACUUUAAGGCGAGGCUUAUUUGCAAACACUUGAAGAUCCAAUGGUACAAUAUUUAUUGCAUUGUGUAUAUAUACGUAUGUGUUGUUAAUCUAGUCUAAUAAUACAGAACGAACUGCGUUGUCAAUAUUUAAAUGUACACUUCUCAGCGUUUGAAGUUCUAAAAGGAAAAUUAGGUUUUCCACGUCAGAAAACGGGCUUGCAUCGGAAUUACUUGGCCCACCCUCCCGUUGUGUAUGGGCUUCCCUUUUUCCUUCGGCUGCGCGUGAAUUUUGCGUGCGACCGAAACUCGUAUGAAAUUGAAUCAAAUAACUCUCGCCGAACAAAUGGAUUAACGUUUUUCUGCGUGUACCGUCGAAAUCGAAGAAGAUAGAAUGAGAAAUUCGCCGCAAACUGUCGCGGGAAAAAGAACGAACCCGAACGGUCGAUUCAGUCGAUCAUCACAGGGAACUCGCUAUGAUGUCCCGCGUCAGUUUUAGGGUGGUCUUCGUCCGUAGCGAAUACCGAAAUAAGUAAACCGAAACAAGUAAUAAUCGCUAUCGAUGUGUUUUAUCAAAUCCUUCGUCGAAAGAUUACAUGUAUGUAACUUUGCACUCGCGUAGAUCUCACGGUAAAUAUUUAGAAAAUAUCACGCAUAGGAAUACGUAUCGACGCUUCUCGUUGAUUUACGUUUCGUAUUUAUUGCUACAGCGACAAAAAUGACAUAUCUGUAAAAUGCUACUUAUAGGACGGUAAAUGUUAGAGAAGGAAGAAAAAUGUGUGUAUUAAGAUGCUGUCUGAAAUAAUACAACUCUAAUGCUCUAGAAAUUGAUUUAGUUGCUUACGUCGUGUAGUUGCAAGCACGAUAAUGAUCGUAAUAUAAAUUUUUUCAGUAAAUAUACAUAAAUUAUAUAUAUACAGAAUAUUUCAAAAAUAGAUGACUAAAUUGUGGAAUUUGAAGCAUAUUUGCCAUAAGGAUGAAACAAAAUAAUACGAACAUAAAUUAAAAAACGCUUUCUUUCCGAAUUAAAUAUUUUUUUGUUUUUAGUAGAAUUUCUUAAGAAUAAUUAUACCAUUAGUGGAUUGGCAAAUUGGGACCAAUUGCACGGUCUGCACGUUCUCCCGUUUUAAAUCCUUUGGAUUUUUAUUUAUGGGAACACGUCAAGAUUCUUGCUUGUGAUACUCUUGUUACUAUUAUGGAACUUGUAGCUUCGUGUGAUGAAGUUUUAAAUAAUAGUCCAUUAAAUGUCUAUACAAAAUAUCACUACAAAAGAAAAUUGUUUCUAACAGUUUCUUUAAUGAAGUGUUCUUGCCAACCUCCUCUCUCUUUGUCGUAAAUAAAAGGUAUUUAUAAUUCAAAAAGUUGAGAAGGCAAUAAGAAAUCUCUCUAAUUAUCGCUUUCCAGGAUGUAAAGAAGAACUUAAAAAGAUUCCUAGUUCCAAAGGCCUUUUUGGGCAAAUCAUAGUCACAGGACAAUUCUCUUUUUGUGAUCAUCAAUGUUAGAAAAAAGUUGAUAUUUUUAGAUAGAAAAUUUGAUAUUUUUUGGAAGAAAAAGAAUUCGGGAAGGAAGCCUGGACUCACAUGCAUACAACUUCUUUCCAUUUUUACUAUAAGUAGAAAAGUAGAAUACGCUCAUAAAAUUUGGCCACCUAUUUCUAAAACAUUCUGUAUAUAUUUGUAUAUGUAUACAUACAAUAAACAUUUAGCAUACACGCAGUGCAGAGAAAACAAAUCAUGAUGCAUUUCAAAUAACCGAAAUUAAUUACAUUGAGAAUUUUAAUUAAAAAUAUAAAGCUAACUGCAAUCUGAAAGAAGCGACUUUUCAAGACGUAUACGAUCCAACAUGGAAAAUACAGAUCUGAGUUUGUGUUCUAAUAUUUUAGUAUUGGAACAAUAGCUAAUAAAAAGUUAGCUAUUCAGCCUGAACGUAAAAAGAGAAACGAAAGAGAAAGUAUAGGGAUAUAAAAAUCGAUGUUUCGAGCGCUCACAUUUCGAAUAUAAGCAAUAUCUCGCUGCAUUUAACAUCAAUCAAAUCCCUUCGGGGCUCUGUGUCAUACAAGUACAGCUACUUCGCACAAUCGCCAGGCGACGAUGGGACUGUAACUUUUGGAAUUUAUUAAAAUCCACAUCGUACACCGCGAUAUAAGGAUUUCAAUCGCGACAAGUUCCCUCAAUCGCUUCCCGAUCGACAAUGAUUGAAUCUUUGUAUACUCGUGAUACGCGUAUAUUCAAUAUCGUAUAUCUGUCAGAAGCAUGCAGGGCGUACUUUUUAGACUGUUUAGACGUCGAGAGAAAGGCGGGCACGUGGCAACGGAGCACCAUUCAAUAUUUUACGGAAUAUAUGUGUCUCAUUCGUAGGAAUUUACGAAACUGUCGUGCACACCAUAACGAGAUAUACAAUUAUCGAGAAAAAAAAAACAGAAGUGGACAAUUAAUUAAAGCAUAUCAUUUGUAAGUACGUGAUAUUACUAAGUGUCACUGCGACGUCCCUCUUGACUUUAACGCUGUAACGAUAGCCGUGUAAAACCGCAGGUUUUAACCGAGACAUACACGGACGAAAUGUACAUCGUGCUCACACAAGUUUUCAUCGUAUGACUUUAUUCCGUAGCCUAUCGUCAUAUUUUUCUAUCUGUAUUUUUAGUACGGUCAUCCACGCGCGCGUCACGGUACGGUGGAUACAAAUUUGUAUCGAGCGAUCUUUCCAUACAAUUAAUGUUCAAUCGUCAUUUCGUGAAACUUAUAUAUCUAUACGCGAAUAUAUUUUUCCUCUUUCCUUUGUAUUACGGACGGAUUUGUAUGCGUAAAAAGUUUUGGGUCAAAUGUUACUGCUUUCUUUGUAAUGAAUGUACGAAGAAGUGAAAUAAAAAUGUGUUAGUCGAUGGUA